AUGGCAUGGAGCUGGACUGAUCCCUUCUUCCACCUCAAUGAUUCUAUCGAGAUGUUGAGUGCGCUCUACCAGGGCAUGACAUGCCAGCCUCCAACCAUCUUCAACAAGACGAAUUCCUGCACACAAGGUGGCUAUCCUUCGUACGUCGUGAACAUCACCAACGUCGCUCAGGUCCAGCUUGCGGUCAACUUUGCUCGCAAUUCUGGCAUUCGACUUGUGGUGAAGAAUACUGGUCAUGACUUCUUUGGCAAGUCUGGUGGUGCGGGAUCUCUUAGCAUCUGGACGCAUCACCUCAAGCAAGUUGCUUUCAUGCCAUCGUACAAGGACAGCAGUUAUGCUGGACCUGCAUUGAAGGCGGGCGUUGGCAUCCAGGGCUAUGAGCUAUACAGGGCAGCUUCGGACAUGGGCUAUAUUGCCAUGGGAGGUGAGUGUCCCAGUGUCAGUGCGAUGGGCGGGUGGAUACAAGGUGGUGGUCACUCUCCUUUCGUGACUACCAAUCGCGACCACAACCCCGAUUUGUACUGGGCACUCCGUGGUGGUGGUGGCAGCACUUUUGGCGUCGUCACUUCCGUCGUCACCAGGAUUCACAAGGAUGUGCCAGCUAUCACGGCCGCCUCGUGGUCCCUCGCAACGGGCGGCAAUGUCAGCACUGACAUGUUCAAGGCAGCAUUGAAGUCUUAUUUCAGCACUUUCCCCAACGGCGCAGACAAUGGCAUUUACUCUCACUUCAACAUCUUCAAUUUUGGCGGCGCUAUGACUUGGACCAUGGCACCAUACUUCGCCGUUAACAAGACCCAAUCACAAGCACAAGCCGUGCUACAAUCGUGGCUCGACAAGAUGAAAGCGCUCGGUGCCCCAAUCACGCCGAAGUGGCAAACUUAUACCAACUUCUACGAUGCCUACAAUGCCUCUUUCCCAGUCGAAGGCGUGAACAACAAAGGCGUCGUCACAGCCUCCUGUAUGUUCCCACGCGAAACUUUCGCCAACCAGACACUCUUCAACGCGACCUUUGACGAAUGGUGGAGCAACAUCGAAGCCGGCAUGGCGCUCAUUGGGUACAAUAUCGCACCAACCUGGCAACGUGGUGGCUCGCAGCAAACAGCUGUCAACCCCGCCUGGCGCACAGGCAUCGGCUACUUCAUCACCGGCAUAGUCCAAGACCUCACGCAGUCCGCAGCCGUCUUGACCGAGCAGCGACAAAACUUCACGGAUACCACGAUGAAGCAAUGGCAUGAUCUGACUCCCACAUCAGGCGCGUACCUGAAUGAAGCGGAUCGUCUGCAGCCGGAUUUUCAGUGGGCGUUUUGGGUCAGCAAGUACCCGCAGCUGUUACAGCUCAAGAAGAAGUAUGAUCCCAAAAAUGUCUUCUAUGCUUGGACGGCUGUCGGGUCGGAGUAUUUUACUGUGAAGAGUGCUGAUGGAUUUCCGGAUGAGAAUGGACGGGUUUGUCUCAAUGCUAGUCCGGUCGAAUAUGUUGCUCAAGGGCCGGCGUGUACGCAGUGUUAG